AUGUCUCUUCAAAACUUGGUUAACACCAUUGCUGAGUCAUUUGAUGACUUACAGCAAGGGUCUGUAAAUAUAAGUCAAUGUCAACGGUGUAACCAAACUUGCCUUGAUACGAUUGAGUACUUCAAUACAAUCCUCCAGGAUCCACAGACUACUGUGCAGGUACGGCGAAGUAUUCAAGCUCACAUAGCAAAUUUGAACUGGUAUGCUGUUCAGUUUCUGCGGUUGGGUGGUGUAGUUGUUGGUGGAGACGUGAAUCCUCGCCGCAUUAAAUGGCAAGAUUUAGAGAAUGCGUUUACAAACAACAUCAAGACGGGUUGCAUCAUCAAUCUAACUCAUACAGACCCUAGUGCAUUCUUCGAAGAUUCACGUGAAAUAGUUAUAGAGAAGGUUGAUACCAUGUUAAGAGAAGUAGCAGGUCUCAAAGUCAGCGUUGAAUGGUUCUGUAAAUUUAAAAAUUCAAAAGCUGACUCAACUAUUGAAGAAACCAAGUCCAUCAAUGCUAAAAGUCGAGAAAUUCUACCAUCUACAUCUCUUCAAGACUGACCUAGCAAGAAAAGGAGAAAAAUGUAA